AUUCACCCCAAUGAACACACCGCCAUGAUAGGUGAUUAAAUAGAUUGAUUUGAGACCACCCGGUUCAUCAUGAAUUUCAGCCUAAAUUUCAAUUGCGGGGAAACCGGGGCCAUCGUGACAAUGCCCGCUGCAAUCUUGUCCUCUCUCAACCCUGACCAACUGGAACAUUCUCCCGGAUGAUUUGGCCUUGUCCUUCCAACCCCCUCCAUUUCCUUAUUUCCCCAUUCUUGAUUCUGUGGAGAGAGUCCGGGGAAAUGGUGAGAAGGGACAUGGGCUCAGAGAGAUGCAAUUCAAGACUAUUGUCGGUGGAGAAGCCACAUACAUACCCCUCCUACCCUCCCUCGCUCUUUAGUGGCUUUGUCGUACAAUCCCAAUCACCUACUUAUCCGCAAGAGACUGCUCUGUGCAUGUCCUGUUUGCUUCUCUCCUCUCUUGUCGUCUUCCCCCUUUCUCAGGUAGACUGCUUUCUCCUUAUCGCGCCCAAAUGGGGAUCAUGCACUUCCUGAAGACUCGGACUGGGCUCCGGGUCGAUAAUUGCAAAACCACCUCUGCUGCCACCCUUACGUUGCGCCAGAGUAUCUGGCCCUUGACUCUCGUCACCAUACUCUUCUUUCUCUGGGGAUUCGCCUAUGGCCUACUAGACACACUUAACAAGCAUUUCCAGAACACCAUGCACAUCACUCGUACACGUUCUUCCGGACUCCAGGCAGCUUACUUUGGUGCUUAUCCACUGGCGUCCCUUGGUUAUGCGAACUACAUGCUCCGUCAUUUCGGCUACAAGACUGUUUUCAUCUUCGGGCUGACUCUAUAUGGGAUCGGCGCUCUGUGCAUGUGGCCCGCAGGCUUGCAUCGUUCAUUCGGAGGCUUCUGUGCAGCCACUUUCGUUAUUGGCUCCGGCUUGGGUUCUCUGGAGACGGCUGCCAAUCCAUACAUAACUGUCUGUGGUCCACCCAGAUACGCUGAAAUGCGUAUCAACCUUGCCCAGGCUUUCAACGGUAUCGGAACCUGCGUGGCGCCAGUGCUAGCUUCAUAUGUCUUCUUCACCUCCGUGGGUGACGAUGUCAAUGCCCUCAAGCGCGUUCAGUGGGUCUAUCUCGCCAUUGGCAUCUUUGUCUUCAUCCUUGCGGGCAUUUUCUUCAUCUCUUCGAUUCCCGAAGUGACCGAUGAGGACAUGGCCUUUCAGGUUGCCGAGACACACGCGGACGAACAGGAAAAGCCACUCCGGAAGCAAUAUAAGCUCUUCCAUGCCACACUGGCACAAUUUACUUAUACAGGCGCACAAGUUGCUAUCGCAAGCUAUUUCAUCAAUUACGUUACCGAGACCUGGCCCGGAACAUCUAGCGCCACAGCUUCCAAGUAUCUUGCCGGUGCCCAGGGUGUCUUUGCGGUUGGCCGCUUCGCUGGUGCCAUUAUCAUGAGAUUUGCAAAAGCCCGUUGGGUGUUCUUAGUCUAUCUCUCCUGCACUGUUGCUUUCAUCGCUGCUUCGAUAACGCAACAUGGCCGGACAGGAGUCGCAAUGCUCUUCUGCACCCUCUUCUUCGAAUCCGUCUGCUUCCCAACGAUCGUCGCGCUUGGUAUAUGCGGCUUGGGUAGGAACUACAAGCGGGCCUCCGGGCUCAUUGUUGGCGCUGUCUGCGGCGGAGCAGUCGUACCCCCAAUUCUCGGUCGAGUGGCGGACGCACGGAACACGGGCUUUGCUAUGAUCGUGCCGACCUUGUUUUUCGUUGUUGCAUUGUCGUAUGCCUGGGCAGUGAACCUCGUGCCUGCGUACCGCGAAACGGUGGACAAGGUGUACUCCAGUGGUGUUGGGCUUGGAGAGGAGAAUGUUAUGACUAAAGAUGUGGAGGAUGGGACCACAGCCAAGAUUGGAUAGUGAAAAGGAUUGGAGCAUUUUUAUCCAGCAGUGGACGCAUUUCGCUC